UAGCGAAAAUGAAUUCUAUUUGAACAAAUCACAGCUAUUCAAGAGGGAAAAAAUAUUGAAUGAGAUUAAAAACUCGCUAGAGCUGUUCCAAAAAAACCAAAAAAAUUUCUCAAGCCUAUCAAAGAUACUAAAUAAACAGAUGAAGUCCACUCUAGAGGAAACUCCAUCAUCACAAAUCAGUGUUCUUGAGGGCGAAAACAACAACGACCAUAAUAACCUUGACCAGAAUGAUCAGAUAAUAGUCGAGGUGGAUCCCAUCAACAGACAUGAGUUCAUUCAUCAGCAAAACUUGAUCAUUGAGAGAGAAAACGAAAUCCAAACCAUCGAAAGUGGAAUCACUGAGCUAAAUGAGAUAUUCAAUGAUUUAAGCAACAUAAUUCAAGAACAAGGCAUUGUUCUCGACAAUAUUGAAGCAAAUCUUUACACAUACAGUGACAAUGUUCAAGAUGCCCACAGAGAAUUGAGAAAAGCCAGCUAUUACCAAAAGAGAUCUAGAGGCAAACAGUUUUGUUUCUUGGUGGUGUUGAUGGUUAUCUUGUUUUUGAUUCUCGUAGCAAUGGUUCUUGGUUAACUGCUUGUCUUGUUUUAUAUAUUGUUAUUUUUUUAUCUUCAUCAUAUCCAUCUGUGUAUGAAAUGUCUUUUCUAAUAGUGUUUUAUUUUGCUUCUCAUUUCCUCUGUUUUAUACACAUUUUUUAUAUAGAAUAAUGCAAGAACAAUUUUGAUCUCUUCU